AUGGUUUUGACACUAUCAAUAUUGACAUUAAACAUUUGGGGGAUCCCAUUCAUAUCCAAAGAUAAGGACAUUCGAGUUCAUGCCAUUUCUGAUCAUUUCGCAAAUAGUGAUUAUGACAUAAUCUCAUUACAAGAAGUCUGGAGCGAGUAUGACUAUAACAAGAUAAGAAAUAGAGUCGCUGAAAGAUUUCCAUUUUCUCAUUACUUUUAUUCUGGAGUGGUUGGAAGUGGCUUAUGCAUUUUCUCAAAACAUCAAAUUUUAUCAGCAUUCUUUCAUCACUGGGCAGUUAAUGGAUAUGUUCACAAAAUACAGCAUGGUGAUUGGUUUGGAGGAAAAGGCGUUGGAAUGUGCAAAAUUAAGGUUCAAGAUCAAAUCAUAAAUUUCUAUAUAUCUCAUCUACAUGCUGAAUAUUCAAAGAAAUGUGAUGACUACAUGACUCAUCGUAUUAUACAAGCUUUUGAUACUGCUCAAUUUCUUGAGACAACUCGCGGUGAAUGCAGUCUUCAGAUACUUGCUGGAGACUUAAAUACAGAACCACAAGAUUUAGCUUAUCGUGUAUUGCUUUCGACAGCCGGAAUGAAGGAUGCAUAUGAACAAAAGCGAUCAAGCUUCUUUGCUACACAUGAAUAUAAAAAUAAUACAUACACACCAAAGGAAGUAGUCAAUGGCAAAGAUGGAAUUCGUAUUGAUUAUGUGUUAUACAGAAGUGGAAGUGACUAUGACUGUGAAGUUGAAGAAUACAAUCUUCCAUUACUUGACAUGAUUCCAGAACAUAAUAUUAGCUAUUCUGAUCAUGAGGCUGUUCACACGAGAAUCUCAUUCCGAAAAAAAGAAAAAAGAUCAUCAAGAGAACUUGACAGAACAGCAUUAACAGACAACAUCAAGAAUCUCAAAGAGUGCAUAACAACAUGCAAGAAUAGUUUAAAGGCAUUAGAAUCUCAUCGUCGAAGUUAUUCUAUGAUGGCAAUUGGACUAGUAGUAAUUCUCAUAAAUAUACUAGAAAUAAGCCCUGCCUAUGGCUUUAAGACGAUUUACUUCAUCGUUAAAUUCUUAAUUGUUGGCAUGACAAUCUUUUUUGCAUUUAUGGCAAGCUUGUGGAAUGUGAUGGAGAAACAUGGCAUUUUAUCAGGCAAACUUGCAAUGGAAAUAGCAUUGAAGAGGGACGAAGCUGUAUUAAAUGAAAGUUCUUAA